AAUUGACCAAAAAAUGUCUGGAGGCCAGAGCGGGUAUGAACUGUGUGAGGCCAAAGCCAUACUCAGUGAACUGAAGUCCAUCAGAAAGGCGAUAAGUUCAGGAGAGAGAGAAAAACAAAAUUUAAUGAAGAGUCUUGCAAAGCUGAGAGAGAAAUUCAGUCUUGACCAGACCAUUGGGAUAUCUGAACCAGACUUGAGUUCCAGCUCUGUAAAAUCCCAGCUAUGUUUUUCCAGACAAACUCUGGAUACAGGGUCUCAGACUGACAUUUCUGGUGAGGUUGGAGCAAGAAAUAGAUCAAAUUUAGCAGAGAAGGUCAGACUAAGUCUUCAAUAUGAAGAAGCAAAAAGAAGCAUGGCUAACUUGAAGAUUGAACUCUCUAAGCUAGAUAGUGAAGCCUGGCCUGGGGCACUGGAUGUGGAAAAGGAAAAACUGAUGUUAAUAAAUGAGAAAGAAGAGCUUUUGAAGGAACUCCAGUUUAUUACGCCACGCAAACGUACUCAAGAUGAGCUAGAGCAGCUGGAAGCAGAGAGGAAAAGGCUUGAAGAAGAGCUGCUGUCUGUAAAAAGCACACCUAGUCAAGCACUUGCUGAAAGGUUGAAAUUGGAAGAGAGAAGAAAAGAGUUGGUACAGAAACUUGAAGAAACUACAAAGUUAACAACUUACUUGCAUUCACAACUGAGGAGCCUAUCAGCUAGUACGUUAUCUGUGUCUUCAGGGAGCAGUUUGGGAUCUCUGGCUUCCAGCCGGGGAUCUCUGAACACGUCAAGCAGAGGGUCGUUAAACUCGCUCAGCUCCACGGAUCUCUACUAUAACCAAGGCGAUCAAGUAACAGAUUUGGACUAUCAGUAUAAACUUGACUUCAUGUUGCAAGAAAAAAGUGGUUACAUUCCUUCAGGGCCUAUCACUACUAUUCACGAAAAUGAAGUGGUCAGUUCCCAUGGGAGACUGGGUUACAGUGACUCUCCUUCAGCUACAGACCAUCCCAAAUUGACUGAACCUCCCAAAUCUGUGACAUCGCUGUCUUCCAGAUCCUCACUGUCCUCCUUGUCCCCCCCAGGCUCCCCUUUGGUUUUAGAAGCUGCGUUUUCAGUGUCAGCUCAAAAUUCCCCUCUGCAUCACCUCACUACAGACUUUGAGGACUGUGACCUUUUGGGUGACUUUGCAGGCAUUAGUCUCUGUGAGAACCAAAUAUUAUUGGACUCUGAAGCCAGAGCAGGAUCUCGGAUUCCUACAGAUGAUAAAGAUCUUAAUGAAGGCAUUAGGCAACCUCUGCCUUCUCUACAUGAAGGAAGUUCAGGUGUUGACUUACCGCGAAGAACAGCUAGUCACCUGCUUGAGGAGAAAACAGCUUGUGUAUCUGCUGCUGUGUCCGAUGAGUCUGUAGCUGGAGAUAGUGGUGUAUAUGAAGCUUCUGUGAAACAACCAAAUGAAACUGAGGACAUCGUAUAUAGUGAAGAUGAUGCAACAACUCUAGAGGCUGCCCAGGUACAAAUAGGACUCAGAUACGACCACAGCAAUGCAAGUUUUGUGAUAAUCGUAGUACGGCUUAGAAAUCUUCCAGCGUUUUCUGUCCCCCUUGGCUCUAAAGUGUAUGUUAGAGUAGCAGUGCUUCCAUCCUCGACUGAUAUCAGCUGUCUGUUCCGCACAAAAGUUCAUCCUGCCAUGGAAACCAUUUUAUUCAACGAGAUAUUCAGAGUAGCCAUUUCCCAAGUAAUGCUGCUACAGAAGACGCUGAGAGUAGAUAUUUGUGCUGUCAGUAGAAGUCGUCGGGAAGAAUGCUUGGCUGGGACUCAGAUCAGUCUGGCAGAUUUAUCAUUUUCUGAUGAGACUUGUACUCUAUGGUACAACCUGUUGCCUUGCAAGCAAAUUCCUGGCAAAAAAAACAAGGAGCAAAAUGAAGAAUCCAUGUUUCCGUUAAGCAAGCCAUCAUUGGACUCGUUGGACUUGGAUGCUGUGUCAGCACUGCUGGAGAGGACAUCUGCUGAGCUGGAAGCAGUAGAGCAAGAGCUGGCUGAAGACGAGGAGGAGGAGGAGGAACAGGAGCAACGGGGCUCUGAGGAAGACUGGUAA